AUGGCGGCUGCCCUCUGCUCGACCUCCCUCUGGUCCGAUCCACCGGCAGUUCCCAACGCCGGUGGCUGCAUCAUCCGCUCACGGGCUGGCCGCAGCCCCGCGCUGGACUGCCACCGGCGAUCACAUCCCCGAUCGGGGCUGCCCGCCGGAUCCGUCACCUCCGUCGUCACCUCCGGCAAGCUGCCUCCGAGACGAGACGUGUCGACCAGGGUCUAUGGUUCUCUACUCAUCGGCGGCGGCGGUGGACCGCUUGUGUCUCCCAGCGAUCAGUGGGGCAUGUGGACCGCCCUCUUUGCCACCGGAGCAUUUGGUAUCUGGUCGGAGCAGAAGACAGAGGUCGGCAAGGCGCUGAGCGGCGCUCUGGUUAGCACGCUGGUGGGGCUCGCAGCCAGCAGUCUGGGGAUUGUCUCCAGUCAGGCUCCAGCCUACAAUGUGGUCCUCGAGUACCUGCUUCCUCUCUCCAUCCCUCUUCUGCUCUUCAACGCCGAUCUGCGGCUCAUCCUGCGCUCUACGGGGACUCUGCUGCUGGCUUUCUUGCUCGGCUCAGGUUGAUUCUACGGGACGAUUUCCGGUCCGGAAAAAGCUUUUACCCUGGAUACAGUUUUUGAAUUAAUCAUUUCUUCUGAGUUCGUACCGGAACGUGUGUAUUUCGCCAUGAAAUGCAAACUAAAUAAGCCAUAUAGAAUACAUCUGUCAUAUAGAAGGAAAUAAUGUUUUAAUGCGAUACAUUCGUUCCAGGAAUUUAUAAUCGCAAUUCUGGGUCAAACUUUUUGGGCCAAUACUUGUGAAAUAUUACAAGAACAGUCCAUCAUUUAUAGAACAUAGACAUAAUGUGCUGGUCACGGUUCAUUCAAGAACCAAAGACAAGACAAUAUACAAAUAAAACUAAAUAAACUUUUAUGCAGCUUUUGUACAAUUACAGCUACUUUCCUUCUGCUUUGUAAUUUUGUCUUUGGUUUUGCAGGGUCUACAGUUAUAGGGUAUUUAUCCUCUCAUAAAUAUUUUUGACCUCUGAGGAAGCCAUUGAACCCAUAAAAAGUUCGCAGUUGUAGUUAAAAUCCCUACACCAAAUUCCACACAAAACUAUGAGUUUCCAAUUUUAUAAAGUGUCAGGAGAAUUCGUUGUGACACUUGGGUGUCUUCUGUAAAUGAGGAUUUUGGCGUUUUUCCUGCCUCUUGUUGGCAUCACAUGUGAAGAUUCUGCAUCGAAAUUGGGAUUUUUAGGUCUGGAAAACCUGGAGAUGAGAAAAUGUAAAAGGUUUUGGUAGGUUGACCGGGAGAAAGCGGCUGUACAUUCGCUUCGGCCUAGGUUGGUGAUUCAACAUGGAAGGUUGCCUUGGGUGAAGAAACUGUGAACCUCCACUGCUAAUAGAUACAAUUAUGAAAUGCCUGUUAGGAAGAUGUAUGGUCAGGAGAAUGAUGGUGGGGAACCUAAAUAUCAACAGAUGGGGCAGCCUGUGGAACAAACUCUUUGUGAUCUGGCGAGAGGUACUCGGGACUCUGGACCUUAGGAACUUUGGUCGAGGCAUUCCCAUUCACUAAUGUACUUUAUGUUGCAACGGAUGCAGGACCUGUGGCAAUCUAAUAAAUGCAGUGAAGUGUUUGGUGCUGAAAGGGGCUGCCUUGUCAUCCUCACCAAUCAUCUCCCUCCAUCCCUUAAAUCAUAUGCGAUAAUACCUCAUUUCGUCCACUUUAAAUGCUUAAAACUUCUUGGUUUUUAGCAUAACCAUUUGGAAGCUGGAUAUCUGCUGAUUGAUGACCUUGAAAUCGAAACUACUUGGACUUCUAUUCCAAAUUCAAAACGCUAACCAUACCUCAGCCAUCUGUGCAGGGAUUGAUCCUUGGUUUCAAGGUAAAAGUUUUAUGAUACUCAAAGUCAUAGCUGCUGAAUUCUCUUGGUGGCAACAUGCCCUGGCGAAUAAAAAGGGAUAUGGAUGAUUUUACGUACUUACCCCCAGAGUCACCUAAAGGGACUGCAGUUAUACAUGGGGAUUGGCCAAGAACUGUCCUACGAAUUCGGUGUGCAGAAUAAUACAUCACAUCCUUCGAAAUUUGAAUCUUGAAAAAACAGAAUUAAAAUAUGAAACAUACUUGAUCUUGCAGCAUUUUGGAAUUUUCCAAAUGAGAAAUUUCGGAGUAAAUUUAUGAGUUAACUUUAAGUCAUUUAAAGGGAGUAGAGCUGGGAAUUGCCAUUGAUUGAAAACUCUUCCCAACUCAGAGUACAACAUAAUAUAUCUAGGGAUUUCCAGUUGAUCUGAAUCUGAAUGGGAAAGGAGAGCUAAAAUAUGAACAAUACUUAAAAUGAUAAAAGGAUAAUUACAAAAUUCGCAACAACAAUGCCCUCCAUGCUAUAAAACCAUCUAGUUGUGUGAUACGAAUGUUUUCAAUUUCAAAGAUUAAGUACGUGGGGGUCGUGCAUUUUAAAGUGCUUAAACGCAUUCUCUGACUUUCCACAAUCCGAAUCUAGGAAUAGUAUUAGCUUCUUUUUGGUGUGCUUUUUCUUUAAGCUAGACCUCAUUUUUUUUUUCAACUUACCUUCGAUUUAUGUAACCUGUCUCAUCAUCCUUCUCCAUUUUCCUCUAUUGUUGAAACCCAGAUUUGAUCAGAUUUUACUAAAGUUUUCUCAUUCAUGUUAAUUCAUCUGUUUUCUUCUUAUGCAGUUGCAACAAUUGCUGGUACUAUAGUAGCAUAUUUGCUUGUGCCUAUGAGAUCACUUGGGCAGGAUAGCUGGAAAAUAGCUGCGGCUCUCAUGAGUAGACAUAUUGGUGGAGGUAUUUCUCAGAAACUAACCUUUUAUGUUCUUCUGUUCUGUAGAAGAUGGAAUAAUUGAAUUUUAGGUAAAAACAUUUGGAUUAUGGAGCAUACAUGUGCGUAAAUCAUAAGGUAAAGACCAUGAAUGUAGCAUGUGACAAUGGCAUUGAAACCAAGUCUAUUGGUACUGGAUCCGUUGGCAAACUAGAUUAGAAUGGUCUCUCUGUGAAUCUCAGAAUAUCUUAGAUAUGUUCAAGUAUUUAAUGAAUUUCAUCUAGUUUCUCAGUCAAUUACAUGAAAUCGAGAACAAAAAUCAUUCUUUGGUUGCUCAUUACGGUAUAAUACUCAUAAAAUUUCAUUGAUGUUCUUAUUGUGAUUAAGGUUGUGCAGUGAACCGAGUAUUCUAUAUUCUUGUGGACUGAAUCACAAAUUUUCAGACGUAGAUUAUCAGUAUGAUUAACUGUAUUCAUUAGCAAAUAUCUUUUCUGUGCAUGGCAGAUGUCACGCCUGGCUCCAUGCCUCAUGCACAUUUUUAGAUAUUUUGGUAAUUCAGUCGUUUUGUCAGGUCUUGUAUCAUAUGUUCCAUCUCAAAUUGUGUUCCUACCAAAUAAGUGUGCAUCUGUAGGACCCAUACAUGUCUUAUGUGCCCCUUUUUCUUUUCUCAAGAACUGAUGAUGGUAUUACAUGACGCUUAGGAAAAUGAUGAUAGUAAUUUGGAAAUCGUCACUUUUUCACAGUAAUUUUUAAUACAUUUUAUUCAGGGGGUACUAGAAAGUUUAAUUAGCGUGGAAAUGAUGAAAUAAAAUAUUUUUAAAGUUUUUAUGUAAAUGGAGAUUUGAUGGAUAGGACAACACCUCAUAUUAAAAGGAUUUUUCAAGAUAAUUCCUGGCUUAGGGAUGCCCUCUCAUCCCCAAUCCUCGAUCAGUCACCAAUAAUUUUGCAGUAGACUGUAGAGAAUAGCGUGGUAGUUUAUUUUUCCUCUUUUCUCGUUUUUUUGUUUUACUUCUAUCACUGUUUCUGAUUUAAUCUCAAUCCCUUUAUGUUUCCUUCGCUGCAAUAGGUUAAUAGCGAUUUUGCUCUGAGACAGCAGGCCAUAAGAAGUUUGACCCAGCCAAACUUUGGCUCAUUUGUGGUUCUUUUUCCUAUUGGUUCACUGAGAGGAUUGAAUUCCCUCGCUGGAACCAGAUUAAGGACCCCUGGUAUUGAGAAAAAUUUACCUGAUUGGCGAACAACCUCCCACACCUUUCAGAAAGGGAAAAAAAUACACUUCCAAUUAUAAUUUUCAUUCACAUUUCAGGUGGCCAGGGAAACAGCAUUCCAAAAAAAGGUGGCUCCUACAUUAUGAUUAGUUGUCUCCGACCCUCAUGGUCAAAACUUUAUGACUGUUUGAGAAUUUUUUACAACAUAUGUUCAUACAUUUUGGUAUGGUUUCAGAGCUAGAAUAAUGGACAAUUAUACCUCGAAGGAGAGCCAGUUUACUUAAUGAACAACAGGAUAAAAUCUAGCGCUAUAAUUUAUUCCACUUUUCCUCUUUUACAUUAAAGUCAAUGAUAUUCCCCGUUUUCAUUAACAUUAUAUUAUUGAUGAGGACCUCCAGCAAAGUGUUGUACAGGUCAUGAUAUUGGCUGAAUAAGGAGCGUUUUACACACCAGAUUAUAAUCCCACCUUUGAGGAAACCCCACUCUCGCAUUGGGAACUGUUAUGAACGUCUGUUAGCAUGGUUAUGCGGUUCAUUUGUCUCCACUUAAAAUUAAGACUAAAAAGUACCUGAUUCUGGCUGCGAUUCGGGAUAAUAUGGAGGUAAAUUACAUCAGUACCGUUAUCUAAAAAAGUAUGGCCACUCUUCUAGUAUAUAAUGAAUCAAAGCCACUGUAAAAUAGUGCAUCUCCAGAUGUUUCGAAAAACAUGGUUUCUUUCAAGGCACUUUUAAAACUUAAUUCCCUAGUAUGAUUCUUUUUUUUUAAUGUCUUACAAAUCGUUAUGGUUAUGUAUUAAUAUUUCUCGUCUCUCUGUUAUAGGUUGCAUUCUUUGCUUUAUGUUUGCCAUUAUGUUUCUUCUUGAUAAAUUUGUCUCAAUUUAUCAUUUUUACUGUAACUCUUUCGAUAAUAUGCCAGCGGUCAAUUAUGUGGCUGUUUCGGAGGCUCUUGGUACUUCUCCAUCAGUUUUGGCAGCAGGACUGGCUGCAGAUAAUAUUAUUUGCGCAAUAUAUUUCACAACAAUUUUUGCAUUGGCAUCCAAGAUAAGUCCAGAGGAUUCCACACCAAAUAAAGGUACGUUGACAUUCUGUUACAACAAUACUUGUUGAUUGUAUUCCUUUGGGUCAUUUUAGAUACUAUCUGUAAUUCCUACUUUUUAUUUGGACCUGGUAAUUUUAUUGUUAUGAACUUAAAGAGUGGCGACCUGAAGACUUUGAAAUAGCAUUCUUAAAAGUUUAGAGAUUUUAAGAUUUUUUCGUGAUUAUUUCUCAGGAGUAGUGAUAUAGGAUUGUUAAACAGAAAUUCGUUAUCUAGAUAUCAUACAUCGGUAUUCAUUGAGCGGUUGGCCUUAUGGUGUAAACUUACAUCAUUUUGAAGAUCUGAAAGAUCUUCUAUCGUGAAACCAUGAAUGAGUGACAAAAUGACAAUUUUGGAUAUAACUGACUUUUCGGAUGUGUCAUGGAAAAUAGGGGGAUGGUUAACUCUCCCAGUGUUGGAGACCAUAUAAAAGUUUAUUCUAUUUAUGGGACCUUUUCAAGGAACGUAAACAGAAGAAUGUGACAUUGACUACUAGUACUCAUUUAGUGAAGGUCUAACUUUUCCAUCUUGACGAAAAUGGACAUCUAAGAGAUAUUAUUUCAUGCGAUGAAACUUCUUUGGCAUUGUAAUAUCUGAUUCCCACCUAUCGCACAUAUUAGUUAUGAGAUUAAAAACUAAUUAUUUCGCUUAGAAUAACAUGGAAUUUUUUGAGGGGCAAAUUCUUUUAACAAGGUUUCCUCUGCAUUGAAGCAGAUGCUCUUUUGGCUGCGGAAGCCAGCACUGGAGGUAAACUAUCUGUACUACAGGCUGCCAGUGCUCUUGCCGUGUCUUUUGCUAUAUGCAAAUUCUCCACCUAUCUCACCAAGGCACUAGGCUUCCAAGGAGGCAACCUCCCCUGCAUAACAGCAAUUGUUGUAGCCUUGGCAACAUUGUUUCCAGCACAGCUUCGCACUCUAGCCCCUACAGGAGAGGCCAUCGCUCUGAUUCUCAUGCAGGUACUGUGUUAACUUCGCAAUUGUAAAUGGUUCAGUAUGCAUUUUUAUGUGUUUUAUGUUUUCUCAAAAGUUUUGGAAACUAUUUUUAAUACCUUUUACCUCCACGCCCAAUUAUGAAUUUUUUUAACAUAGAGAACUGGUUGUUCUUUGUUUCUUUUUCUCCAUCCUCUUUGCAUUAACGUUUAUUUUUUGAAUAGUUUCUUGGAAUAUUUUAGCAAUCCUAAUUCUAUUGUUUUUGAAAUAUAUAGCGAAUUUUAGAUUACUCGUUGACAGUGGACUCGCAUUUGUGUUUUCUACCUGGUUAAUCCGAUUGUCAAUGUUCCCUGCCUCCCUCCAGAUUUUGCACAUGCUGGCCUGUGCACUGAAGUGGAGGGAAAAGUGGUCCAUAGGUUUUAGAUAAUUUUCCUAUCAUUGUUCAACCGGAGCUUUCUUUUACAUGACUAGUUUUCUGAAACGAAUAUUCAGGAAGAAGAAGCCAGAUAAAACCAUGAUAAAAGGGCGAAAAGAAGCUUGGACAGGCCCAGAAACUUCACUUUAUAUGUGGUCUUGAUAUCCUAAAAUGACUUCCAGUUUCUUGAGGCUUAUUCUGUUCUACCCGGCCAAAGUUAAUCAACCUCUGAUUUUCCAAACAUGCGAACGCCCUCUCCACUAUCACACAACGGAUUUAUUGAUGGCCCUGUUUUGGUCAUAACUUUCUAUAAUUGUGGGCAGGUAUUCUUUGCGGUGGUUGGAGCAAAUGGGAGCAUAUGGAAUGUGAUAAAUACAACACCAGGUGUUUUUGCAUUUGCUUUUGUGCAAUUGGUUGUCCACCUGGCUAUCAUACUUGGCGUCGGAAAAUUGCUGGGAUUAGAAAGAAAGCUUCUACUAUUGGCUUCCAAUGCCAAUGUUGGGGGCCCAACCACAGCUUGUGGAAUGGCCACAGCCAAAGGAUGGAGUUCUCUGAUAGUGCCCGCAAUUUUGGCUGGGAUCUUUGGGAUAUCCAUUGCCACCUUUCUUGGUAUUGGCUUUGGGGUUUUUGUUCUGAAAAAUCUAUAG